UGGAGGGGAACUGAGGCAGAGAGCUGGUCAGGAGGAGGAGGCAGAGAGGAGACGAGACCCCGGGCUGGCACGUGUCCUAGGCCUGUGCUCUCUCGCCCCCUCCAGCCACGCCGCCGCCAUGCCGACCACCAACCUGGGCUGGCCCGAGGACUUCGGCUUCCGGCUUGGCGGCUGCGGCCCCUGCUUCGUCCUGGAGGUGGCCGAGGGCAGCAGCGCGCACGCCGGGGGCCUGCGGCCCGGAGACCAGAUCCUGGAGCUCGAGGGCCUUGCCGUGGGCGGCCUGAGCCGCGAGCGCCUCGUGCGCCUGGCGCGGCGCUGCCCGCGCGUGCCGCCCAGCCUGGGCGUGCUCCCGGGCUUCGACGACGGCGGUCCCGGCCUGCGGGCCCCACGCCCCGGCCGGGGCCUCGCGCUCGGCCGCGAGCUGCUGCGCUUGGUGGGCCGUAAGCGCCCCGACGCUGUGCACCGAGAGCGCAGGCGCAAGGCCCAGGAGUUCAGCCGGAAGGUGGAUGAGAUCCUGGGGGACCAGCUGACCACCAAGGAGCAGGUGUUCACGGCGCUGAAGCAGUUUGCCGCUGAGCAGCGGGUGGACGACCUGGUGCAGGCACUCACCCUGGCACUGCCGCACGAGGCCCGGGGGCCCCUCCUGGACAGCCUCAGAAUCUUCAUCCCCAAGAAGCACCGGGCGCGCUUCGACGAGGUGGUGUCGCAGGGCCUACUGGGCAAGCUGUGCCGCGCGCGCAGGGCGCAGGGCGCACAGCGGCUUCGCCGGAGCCGCAGCGAAGAGCGGCCCGAGCGCCUCCUGGUGUCCACGCGCGCCAGCGCCGCCCCGCGCCGCCCGGACGAGCCGCCCCCACGCAAAGCCGCCUCGCUGGUGGGCGGCCGCGCCGGCUCCGGGGGCGCGCGCAGGACAGUCCGAGUCUACAAGGGCAACAAGAGCUUUGGCUUCACGCUGCGCGGCCAUGGGCCUGUCUGGAUCGAGUCUGUCCUGCCUGGCAGCCCGGCUGACAAUGCUGCCCUCAAGUCGGGCGACCGGAUCCUGUUCCUCAACGGACUGGACAUGAGGAACUGCUCACAUGACAAGGUGGUGUCCAUGCUGCAGGGCAGUGGCGCCAUGCCCACGCUGGUGGUGGAAGAGGGGCUCGUCCCGUUCGCCAGCGACUCUGAUUCACUGGAUUCGCCCAACCCAUCGUCAGCGCUCACCUCCCUGCAGUGGGUGGCCGAGAUCCUGCCGUCCAGCAUCCGGGUCCAAGGGAGGACCUUCAGCCAGCAGCUGGAACACCUGCUCACGCCACCCGAGCGCUAUGGCGUCUGCCGGGCCCUGGAGAGCUUCUUCCAGCACAGGAACAUCGACACCCUCAUUGUGGACGUCUAUCCCGUGCUGGACACGCCUGCCAAGCAGGUGCUGUGGCAGUUCAUCUACCAGCUGCUGACCUAUGAGGAACAGGAGCUCUGCCAGGAGAAAAUCGAGUGCUUCCUCGGCUACACGGCCAUGACGGCAGAGUCAGAGCCGGAGCCAGAGCCGGAGCUGGAGCCAGAGCCGGUGCCCGAGCCCCAGCCACGGAGCUCCCUGAGGGCCUCCUCCGUGUGCCGCCGGAGCCUCCGGUCCCAGGGCCUGGAGACCAGCCUCAGCUGCGCAGGUCCCAGCGAGUGCGCUGAGAUGCCGCUUCCUCUGAUCCCAGGAGAGCGCCAGGCCGGCGACGGCACAUCCCUCCCCGAGACCCCCAACCCCAAGAUGAUGUCGGCCGUCUACGCGGAGCUCGAGUCGCGGCUGAGCAGCAGCUUCAAGGGGAAGAUGGGGUCGACAUCCAAAUCCCUGGGCUCCCCGCCAGGCCCCAGCCCAGCAGACACGGCAGGGCCCAGGACCCUGUCCAGCGUCUCCUGGCCCAGCGAGCGGCUGCUGCCCUCCCCCUGCUACUACCCGCUGUGCUCAGGGGACCCGGGCUCCCCCAGCAGCUCCGAGUCCCACCCCUACGCCAGCCUGGACAGCAGCAGGGCGCCCUCCCCACAGCCAGGGCCCGUCCACCCCGACAGCCCCCCCAGCCCGGACCCUGCCCGCCCGCCCAGCCGCAGGAAGCGCUUCACCUUCUCGCGCCCGAUGCGAAGCCGGGACACUGACCGCUUCCUGGAUGCGCUGAGUGAGCAGCUGGGCCCCCGCGUCACCAUCGUGGAGGACUUUCUGACGCCCGAGAACGACUAUGAGGAGAUGAGCUUCCAUGACGACCAGGGCAGCUUUGCCACCAACGAGCGGAGCAGCGGGAGCGACUGCGUGAGCAGCAGCGAGGAGGGCAGCUCCCUGACGUACUCCUCUAUCUCCGACCACAUACCCCCGCCCCCACUCAGCCCCCCACCCCCGCCACCCCUGCCCUUCCACGACCCCAAGCCCAGCGCCCGCUCCUCUGCCGGUCCCCGGGGUCCCAGCCAGGUGCUGCCCAAGCCCCUAGCCCAGCUCAGCCACCCUGUCCCACCGCCGCCUCCACCGCCCCUGCCCCCGCCCGUGCCCUGUGCGCCCCCCAUGCUGUCCCGGGGCCUGGGCCACCGGCGCAGCGAGACCAGCCACAUGAGCGUCAAACGCUUGCGGUGGGAGCAGGUGGAGAACUCGGAAGGCACCAUCUGGGGUCAGCUGGGGGAGGACUCCGACUACGAUAAGCUGAGCGACAUGGUGAAAUACCUCGACCUGGAGCUCCACUUUGGCACCCAGAAGCCUGCCAAGCCUGUGCCGGGGCCCGAGCCCUUCAGGAAGAAGGAGGUGGUAGAGAUCCUGUCCCACAAGAAGGCCUACAACACCUCCAUCCUCCUGGCGCACCUGAAGCUGAGCCCGGCCGAGCUGCGGCAGGUGCUCAUGAGCAUGGAGCCCCGGCGGCUGGAGCCGGCGCACCUGGCGCAGCUGCUGCUCUUCGCGCCGGACGCCGACGAGGAGCAGCGCUACCAGGCCUUCCGCGAGGCGCCCGGCCGCCUCAGCGAGCCCGACCAGUUCGUCCUGCAGAUGCUGUCGGUUCCCGAGUACAAGACCCGCCUGCGCAGCCUCCACUUCCAGGCUACGCUGCAAGAGAAGACCGAGGAGAUCCGAGGCAGCCUGGAGUGCCUGCGCCAGGCCUCCCUGGAGCUCAGGAACAGCCGGAAGCUCGCCAAGAUCCUGGAGUUUGUGCUGGCCAUGGGCAACUAUCUCAACGAUGGCCAGCCCAGGACCAACAAGACCACGGGCUUCAAGAUCAACUUUCUGACCGAGCUGAACUCCACCAAGACCGCGGACGGGAAGUCCACCUUCCUGCACAUCCUUGCCAAAUCGCUGAGCCAGCACUUCCCAGAGCUCCUGGGCUUCGCUCAGGACCUGCCCACUGUGCCCCUGGCUGCCAAAGUAAACCAGCGGGCCCUAACCAGCGACCUGGCUGACCUUCAUGGCACCAUCAGUGAGAUCCAGGACGCCUGCCAGACCAUGUCCCCCUCCAGCGAGGACAAGUUUGCUGUGGUCAUGGCCUCCUUCCUGGAGACGGCCCAGCCAGUGCUCCGGGCGCUGGACGGGCUGCAGCACGAGGCCAUGGAGGAGCUGGCCAAGGCGCUGGCCUUCUUCGGGGAAGACUCCAAAGCCACGACCUCCGAGGCGUUCUUUGGCAUUUUUGCCGAGUUCAUGAGCAAGUUCGAGCGAGCACUCAGCGACCUGCAGGCUGGAGACGGCCCGCGCAGCUCCGGGAUGGUGUCUCCCUUGGCCUGGUGACAGCAGCCACGUUGCCCGCAGACUGAGUAUGGAGGUGGACGCACGAUGAGGCUGCGCCCAAGAGGGCAGCGUGGACGCGGAGAGGGAGGGGCCUCGGCACAGGGCCCAGCCGCUGCCCGCGUCUCCAGCUACCUCAGCCGCCAGGCUUGGCCGGCCUGGGCCCACCCUGGUCUGGCACAGCCUCCCUGAGUGGGAGCAGAGACCCUGGCAGCCCAGCCUGGCUUGUUCCUCACUCCCACCUCUCCCGGCUCUCUGGGGGCCCCCGGAUGGUGCAGUGGACUGCCUGCCUGGGCCGUGGAACGCAGCACACCAAGCCAGCCUGAGGGCGCCUAGAGGUAGAGCAGAGCAAGCAGGUGGGUAGUGGUGAUGUGCACAGGAGGAGAGGCCCGGGCAGGGCCUGCAGAAUAGAAGUUUUAGCCCAGCAGACAAACUGAGAACCUGUUUAGAGGCGAUGGCAUCCCAGUCGGGGAAGCCGUGGUCAAGGUCAGAGCACAGGGAGCAGGGAGAUGCCAAGCGGGAUUUGGCGGCUGCCUGCGGGUUUCCCACCUGGGUGGCUGGUGGAACAGGUCUGGGGGCACAGGGCACAAUCUGGGACAUGUGUGGGCUCCCUAAGGCUGUGGCAUGUGUGUGUGGGAGGGUGGUCGGCGACGGGGUUGAGCUGGACGCCAGGAGCAGCGGGAGCGGUGGGCAGGUGGGGUGUGGGAUUUCUUCCGCCCUGUCUGCCUCCCUCAGUAGAUUCCUGCAUCGGGCGGCUUCCCUGGUUACCUCUCCCCUUAACUCUGUAUCCCAGAGAAGGCCAAAGCGGGCUUUCAACCUGUGUCUUGGAUUCCGUCUCUCCUGCUGCCAUCAAAUGACUGAUGAGAUCCCCGCAGUCUUAGGAACCCACCGGGUUCUUCCUGUUCUCUCCUUCUUCCCUGCCCCGUGGAGAAAUGUCUAAAGGGGAUAUGGCUGGAGGAGUCUAUUUCUCCCUGAUGGCUCCAACUGCUUAGCUCCCACAGUUCCCCACGCCUGUGUGUCCCGAAAACACUUCAGAAGGUCCCUGAAGAUCCCUGGAUGAGAUCUGAGAUCCAGAGAGAUUACCGACUCCAGCAGGCAUGAUCCCUGGGCCCCAUGGGCCCAUGUGGCAAAAGUCAGAAAUGCAUGUCCCCUCCGGGAGACCCAGCCUCAUCCCUGGGGCACAGCUGGCCAAGCCAAGCACUGGCUAGGUUUUCUUCCUGCUGUGGCUUGUGUUGGCUAACUGUUCGCGCCAACAGUGCUAUGUAGCAAACUGUCCCAACACUCAACGGCUUCAAGGGGCAGCCCCUUCUCUGCUCAGGAAUCCAUGGGUCACCAGACAGCUUGGGUCUGAGCUGGGCUCAGUCAACGCACUCACACACCUACAGUCAGCUGUGGGGCAGCCAGGCGGCCUUGCUAACCCUGUGGGCUCUCUCCCGUGUCGGGCCCUGGCUGGGAAGGCUGGAGUGACCUCCAUGGUCCCUCCUCCUGCACCCCAGUGGCCUAUUGUUUCCGUGAUAAGAGACGGACAUCCAAGAGAACAAACUUGGGGAGGUGCAGGGGGUCCCCUCACUUGGACUCGGAACUGCACACCAUCCCUCCUGGCACAUUCUGUCGUCAAAGCAAGCGACCAGGGUCGUAUUUUAGGGGAAGGGAAACCAGCUGGAUCCAUUCUUUGGGGGAAAAAAAUUAUUUAUUUAUGUAUUUGAAAGGCAGAGAGAGAGAGAGUGAUCUCCCAUCUAUUGGCUCACUCCCCAACUGGCUGCAGUGGCCAGGGUUAGACCAGGACAGAGCCAGGAGCCUGGGGCUCCAUCCAGGUCUCCCAUGUGUGUAGCAGGGGUCCAAGCAUUUGGGCCAUGUCCCGCUGCUUUCCCAGGCACUUAAGCAGAGAGUUGGACCAGAAGUGGAGCAGCUGGGAUUUGAACCAGCACUCCUAUCGGAUGCCAGUGUUGCAGGCGGCAGCUUAACCCGCUGCACCACAGCACUGGCCCCGUGCACCCGCUUUGAUGAGAGAAGCUGCAGAAUCACAUUGCAUAGGGCAUAGACUCAGGGCGGCAGCAGAAUCGGGGCUAUUUUUGCAAGCAACUUGCGUGCUUGCCCAGACGCUCGGGUGUGCCUCUCAGCCAACUUAAAAUCCCCUGGGACUCUGGUCCUGUGUGGAGCCAGCCAGCCUGGCUCCGCUCUCCCACCCCUGUGUGUCCUCCAGGUGACAGGCUUCUCUCUUACCUGUCACCCAUGAGUUAUCUGACUCCUCUGCGGAUACUCAGACCCAUGGGCAGCUGUCAUUCGUGCCUGCCUAGCAGCCAGUCCACCCUUGUGCUGGGAAAAGGGUCCCUGUUCUUCCUUUGGGAAAGGCAGGCCCUCGAGCUGUGCUCGUAGGAUAAGGAGCAGCCUGUAACUCCGCCUGCGUGGCUCAGAGAAAGGAGCUUCCCCUUUGGCUGGGAUCGCUGGGUGGGAAGGGGGCGGAGCCUGGAGGGAGCAGCCGGAGCCACCACGUGGAGGGUGCCUGCCUGGGCUCAAAGCCAACACGGGAAAGAACCCAAGAAGGUCAGCGUUCUCGUCUCUGGGUCCCUGGAUCCAACGGUGCCUGAAGUAGACCCCGGGACUUGUGAGUUUCCGAGCCAACAAGUCCCCCUUUCCACCUAGAUGUCUGUUUAACUUCAAUUCCUCGGCUUGGGCUGAACGGAUUGGACUUCUGUCACUUGUAGCCCGUGGACAGAUGCUUGUGGCUGCUCUGUGUUUUUGCACACGCUCCGUGAGCUCUCUCCAUUCAUAAACUCGUUCAUCUGCACCUGUGACUGUCCGCUGUGUGCCAGGUGCAGUGCUGGUGUCAGACAUCCUAGGGGUCAGUCUCUGACUUAACUGCGUAUCGCGGUAGUGGUACCCCGGCAGCAGUGCAGAGUCCCGUACGUGAGCCAAUGUGUGCGUCGCAUCACCAACCCCCGCUUCCUCGCCACCUGACAAACUGAAUGCAGGCGCUUACGUCCCAGGGACCUGCUGAUCUCCCGAUGCUGCUAAGGAAGUCCCAUAGCCUGGCUAUAUGUAUAGCACUUUCCCAAUAACACCAGUUAACGUUUACUGCGUAGUGGGCUCCAUGUUUCUGUAACGUAUUUCAUCCCCCCUCCCCUCGAGCUAGGUUUUGUUACUUCCUUUUUACAAAUAAAAAGUCAGAAACGUAGGAAAACAUCUGUGGAAAUGGGGAGCCCAGCCUUUGAGUGGAAAAUACCUUCAGUGUCCUGCUGAAUACGAUGGCUUCCGUUUCAUUUUCCAACUUUGAGAGGCCGAGACAGACAACUCCCGUGUGCUGGUUCAUGCCCCAGAUGCUUGCCAUGGCCAAGCUGAGGCCAAACCCAGGAACUGGGAACUCCAGGUGGGUGGCAGGAACCCGAUUCCUUGAACCAUCAUCACCACUGCCUCCCGGGGUCUGCAUUGCCAGGAGAGCUGGAGCCAGGAGCCGGCUCCGAACAUCGACCCUCACUACUCUAACGUAGGAUGCGGGCAUCCCAACCAGCGUCUUGACCACCAGGCUCCGUGCUCACCUCUCACAUACCUGCGCUCCAAGGCCAUAGCUGCCAGCGGCUUUAUGUGAAGCCCUUCCCUCUUCGCUGCCACCACCCAGGUGACUCCCAGCAACAGGGCCCUGUUGUCGGUUGUCAAGGAUGUGAUAGGCGUGGUCCCAAGGCCUGAGAGGAGGUGGGAUGAGCUGACGCUUUGCAGAGAGGCUUCUAUCAAGUGCACACACAACACACACACACACACAUACAUUUGUCCAAGUUUCUGUGCUGUUGCUCCAGCCCCACCCUGCGACCCUCGGGCCUCACUCACAGCUCCUCCAACUCAGAGCUAAUUCUUCCUGUGUUAGACACCUGCCUCGCUGCACGCUCUGUCCCUCAGUGACCAGGGCUCCUUGCCCUUCCCCGUAAACACUCUGUCCAGCCCUCCCCUCUUCCGAGCCAAAGCAUCAGCACUUGUGUCUCUUGGCUACCUCCGUGGCCCUGCUGGGUGUGCACUCAACUCUGGCUCAGCACAGCCUGCCGGUCUGUCUGUCACUGUGCCCGGAGACCUGCUGUCACCCCUGCAGGAAGUCCUGCUGCAGCUUGUCCUCCUUAUCUUGCUUGACCUUUAAGCAGUACUGGACACUGUUUACCCUCCCUUGGCAAAUUCGUGCACACCCAGGGUUCAGCCACCGGCUGUCUACUCGCUGAUAACCCUGUCACCAGCCUGAUUCCCACUGGCCCAGCUGCUUUUGGCCUCUGCAUACCACAGGUGCUCAAUAGUUGCCCAUUAAACUGAAGUGGCAUCAACGUAGUGGGCUACCAAGUAACUCAAAGAAAUGCCUUUGGGCGGGCAUUUGGCACACUGGUUAAGAUGCCACUUGGAGGCCAGUGCCGCGGCUCAAUAGGCUAAUCCUCCGCCUGCAGCUCUGGCACACCGGGCUCUGGUCCCAGUCAGGGCGCCGGAUUCUGUCCAGCUCUCUGCUGUGGCCCGGGAGUGCAGUGGAGGAUGGUCCAAAUGCUUGGGCUCUGUACCCACAUUGGAGACCAGGGGAAGCACCUGGCUCCUGGCUUCGGAUCAGUGCGGUGCGCCGGCCACAGCGCGCCGCUGGAGCAGCCACUGGAGGGUGAACCAACGGCAAAGGAAGACCUUUCUCUCUGUCUCUCUCACUGUCCACUCUGCCUGUCAAAAAAAAAUUAAAAAAAAAAAAAAGAUGCCAGUUGGAACACCACAUCCGCAUAUCCAAGGCCUGGAUCCACUUCCCAUUGCAGCUUCCUGGACACGUGCAACUCUGGGAGGCAACAGGUGAUGGCUUAAGUACUUGGGUCUCUGCCACCCACCCAGGGGACCCAGGUUGAGUUCUGGGCUCCUGGCUUCAGCCUGACCCAGCCCUGACUGUUGCGGGCAUUUUUAAAGUGAGCCAGUGGACGGAAGCUCUCUGUCGCUCGCUCUAUAAUCCAGAAGUCUGCAGAGUUGGUCGUUGGCUUAGCUGCUAGCACUCCAGCUGGGAACCUCACGUGCUGUAUGGGAGUGCCUGAGUUUGUUUCCAGCUUCCUGCUCAUGCGCACCCUGGGAGAAGGCAGGUAACAGUUGAAGUGGUUGAAUCUCUGCCACUUGAUCGAGUUCCUGGCUCCUGGCUUCUGCCUUGCGCAGCCUGGGUUGUUGCAGGCAUUUGGGGAGUAAACCAGUGGCUGGGAGCAAAGUCACAUCUGUCUAUCUCUCAAAUUAAGUAAAUAAAUAAAAAUUUUAAAUAUUCCAGAUCCCUAACAAAUAGUGCAAAUGUGAAUGGGCCAGGUCUAAGGAACCAUGCACAAGGUUAAGAUAAAGGGUAACGGGGCCAGGGGGUCAGGCAGGAGUGACAGGAAGGGCUGGUUCCUGGAGAGCAAGGGGCUGAACUCCCAGCUCUCUCGAAGCCCAAAACCCAGAAUUUUGUUUAAAAUGCCCUGAUUUUUGAAAUACCGGCAACCAAUUCAGAACAUUAAGAAUGUAUCAGUGGCUGCUCCACUUCAGAUCCAGCUCUGCUAUGGCCUGGGAGAGCAGUGGAAGAUGGCCCAAGUCCUUGGGCCCCUGUAUCUGCAUAGGAGACCCGGAAGAAGCUCCUGGCUCCUGGCUUCAGAUCGGCCCAGCUCUGGCCAUUUGGGGAAUGAACCAGUGGGUGGAAGAUCCCUCUCUCUCUCUCUCUCUCUGUCUCUCCCUCUCUCUGUAACUCUGCCUCUCAAAUAAAUAAAUAAAUCUUUUAAAAAAUGCAUCCAUGGAUAUUAUUGAUGAACCAAAGGAAACCUUUCUGUGACCCAAAUAGAGCCCAGCUCUGAGUCUGUGUCACCGUUCACAUUCAUGCUUGCCUGGGGCUACUACAGGAUACCCCAUACAAGGUGUCUUGGCUCGUUUUUAAAUGUCAGCGAGGGAACUGUGAUGGGGCUUUCUGGUAGUUCCAGUUUCUAGAUAGAAAGAGGCUGCUUAUCUUGAAGCCGCCUUUUGUCACUUAGGAAGCUCUGCCCUUUGGUCACAGGAAGACAAGACCUACACAGAGUGCUGGGGGCACUGAGGUCACCAUGAAACUGAACUUGAGUCCACAGACUGGGGCUGUAGGUCUGGUUAGUUGUACGAAUUAGCUACGUUAUCUUGAGCUUGAUAGUGUCUUGGAAGGUAAGGAAAAUACAUUUUUGAAAGAUUUAUUUACGGGCUGGCGCUGUGGUGCGUGGGGUGAAGCCGCGGCCUGCAGUGUUGGAAUCCCACAUAGGUAUAGGUUCCAGGCCUGGCUGCUCCACUUCCAAUCCAGCUCCCUUUCAAUGUGCCUGGGAAAACAGUGGAAGAUGGCCCAAGUGCCUGGGUCCCUGCACCCACAUGGGAGAUUCUGUUUCUUUCUCUCUCUCUUUCUCCCUCUCCCUCUCUUUAAUUCUGACAAAUAAAUAAGAUAAAUUUUUUUAAAUGUAUCACAUUCCUAUAUGGGCACCAGUUUGAGUCCUGGCCACUCCACUUCUGAUACAACUCCCAGCUAAUGGCCUGGGAAAGCAGCAGAAGACGGCCCAAGUCCCUACAUCCCUGCACCCACCUGGAAGACCCGGAUGGAGUUGCAGGACCCCAGCAUUGACCUGAGCCACCUCAGCUGUUAUAGACAUCUGGGAAUGAGCCAGUAGGUAGGAGCUCUCUGUUUCUCUGUAUCUGUCUUUCUGGUUUUAUUUUUCAAAAAGAUUUUAUUUAUUUAAAAGGCAGAGAUACAUACAGAGAAGGAGAAAGAUAGAGAUAGAGACAGAGAUAGGUUCCAGGGCCGGUGCUGUGGCAUAGCCAGUAAAGCUGCCGCCUGCAGUGCUGGCAUCCCAUAUGGGCGCCGGUUCAAGUCCCGGCUGCUCCACUUCCACUCCAGCUCUCUACUAUGGCCUUGGAAAGCAGUAGAAGAUGGCUCAAGUCCUUGGGCCUCUGCACCUGCGUGGGAGACCCAGAAGAAGCUCCUGGCUUCAGAUUGGUACAGCUCUGGCCUUUGUGGCCAACUGGGGAGUGAACCAUCGGAGGGAAGACCUCUCUCUCUCUCUCUCUCUCUCUCUCUGCCUCUCCUUCUCUCUGUGUGUAACUCUGACUUUCAAAUAAAUAAAUAAAUCUUAGAAAGAGAAAGAGAAAGAGAAAGAGGAAGGAAGGAAGGAAGGAAGGAAGGAAGGAAGGAAGGAAGGAAGGAAGGAAGGAAAUGUUUCAUUGGCUGAUUUACUUCCCAAACAGCCACAAUGGCCGGGUCCACACCAGGCCGAAGCCAGGAGCCAGGAGCUUCUUCUGCGUCUCCCAUGUGGGUGCAGGGGCCCAGACACUCAAACCGACACCCACAUGGGAUGCCUGCAUUGCAGGCGAAGGCUUAGCCUUCUAUGCCACAGCACCGGCCCCUGUCUUUCUGUUUUUAAAUAAAAAUUAUUUGAAGAAAUAAAAAAUGCAAUUUUCUGAGAAGGGUCCAGAAACCCAGCAGGAUGGGCAAGGGUUCAUUGUGGAAAGCAACUGGGGAGGAGGGGCGCUGAGUGGGGCCUGGGUAGAAAACCCCAGAGCUGUGCAUUCCCCGCACGCAGGCUGUGCCUCCUUUCUCCACUGAACACCUCCCAGGCAUUGCCAGGCCGUGUGACAUUGCCUCCCAGGAUGCACCUUAGCAGGAAGCUGGGACUUGAACCCAGGACUUGGGUAUAGUGCGCGC